CUGCUGCUGCUGCUGCUGCUGCGCUCGCUUCCACAAAAUGGCGGCCUCUUCUCUGCUGCUGCGUUCGCUGCGCUCUGAGGCUUCCAAGCGCCUGCUGGCAGCUGCUGCCUCGGGAGGCCUCCCGCUUGGCUCCCAGCAGCCCCGCCGGGGGAACCAGCGCUGGGUCCGCGCUUAUCUGGAGCAGCAGCGGCUGCAGGAGCCCCCUCGGCGCCGAUCUGAGAAGCCUAACUGGGAUUAUCAUGCAGAAAUACAGGCUUUUAGCCACCGGAUACAUGAGAAGUUUUUGUUGGAUCUUCUUAAAACUGCAUUUGUUAAUCGUUGUUAUAUUAAACAUGAGGAGUCUAGACGGGAAGCAUUGGGGCUAGAGAAAGAAGCAGUUGCUCUUAAUCUCAAAGACAACCAUGAACUUUGUCUGCAAGGGAACUCUUUUUCACGCUCUUACCUCACACAGUGCUUUGACGAGGCGUAUCCAAAAAUGCCGCCUGCUGGCAUUCAAGCUCUUGUUAACUUUCUCACCAGUGAAGAAUUAGUGUCUUACUUAGCCCAAAACCUGUCACUACAAGACUUGACACUCUGCGCAGAAUUUCCUGUGCCAUCUAAUGUGCUUCAGCAGACUUUCUUUGCUGUAAUAGGAGCAUUGCUGCAGAGCAGUGGCUCACAGAGAACAGAGCUUUUUGUCAGGGACUUCUUCAUUCCUCAACUAAUAGGAAAAGAUCUCUUUGAGAUAUGGAAUGUUAUAAACCCCAUGGGUUUGCUGAUGGAGGAAUUGACCAAGAGGAAUAUACCUGCUCCAGAACCAAGACUAACUAGACAAUCAGGAGCUAGUACUGCACUGCCAUUAUACUUUGUUGGAUUAUAUUGUGAUAAGAAGCUUCUAGCUGAAGGGACUGGUGAAACAGUAUUAGCUGCUGAAGAAGAGGCUGCCCGUGUGGCCCUACGGAAACUUUAUGGAUUCACCGAGAACAGACAACCCUGGAAUUACUCUUCACCAAAAUGGGAGCAGAGAGCAGAAAAUGUUAUUAGCAGUAAUUAGGCAGAAAAAGCUAUUUCCUCCAUUUGCAGCAGUGAUACACUGCAGGGAGCAGGGUUUCGAUAUCUACUGCUUAAUAUCACUUUAGAGAACAUUUACUAAGUUGAAGAAAUAAGGCAUUGCAUAAUAAUUAAAAGCUACAUGGCAAGACGUGCUGGAUCUUGUAUGAGGAAAAUCUUGCUUAAAAUACUAAGGUGAAAGUUUGCAAUAAAAACCUUCAGUAAUGGCCAAUAAAAUGUUUUCUCUCAAA